UCGCUCCUCCCCAUCAAGGAACGCGGCCGCACGCAGAUCCUCGCGAGACGCUGGCGUCCCCUUUGGCGCUCUCUUCCUCUCAACAUCGACUGCGCUGAACUCGGUGAUGGUAAACUCGGUGAUGUUUUACAACGCAUAAUUUCCUCCCACCAAGGCGUCUGCCACCGCUUCUCCAUUCGCCCAGAAUUGUCCACGGACAUGGACAACGAUGCUGCCGUCGACGCCUGUCUCCUGUCCUCCACUCUGGAUAAACUCAAGGAGCUUGAGUUCUACCGUCGGCGGUGGCACAACUGGCAGCCGAUGCCGGUGCCGGCAUUAAUCUUCCGCUUCUCGCCCACCCUCUGUGUUGCCGAAUUCGGACAUUUCACACUUACGGACGACGCACUUCAGGGGAUUCACUUCCCCCAGCUUAAGAAGCUCGUUCUUCAUUAUGUCUACCUCUCGGACUUCUCACUCAACAGCAUGAUUGCCGGCAGCCCUUCUCUCGAGUUCUUGCUAAUUAUUCGGUGCACUGGAGCCCGUCGCCUCCGGAUGAAUUCGUUUACCCUUACAACCAUUGCAGUCGAUAAUCAUUCGCCAGAUCCAUCCAUAGAGGAACUCGUUAUCGAGAGUGCCCCUCAUCUUCAAACAUUGAUUCAUCUUGAUCACAACCAUGAUUUGCAUGUAGCCGCGCUCUCCGUGCCUAAGUUGGACACCCUAGGUUGUACCAACUCCACCAGGCUCGUGUUGGGUUCCACAGAUAUUCGUCAUCAUCAGGGACCGCGCAUUCGUGGCCUUGCAACAGCCGUGUGCAAAAUCAAGUGUUUGGUUCUUGGUAUGGCUACUCUUAAUUUGGACAUGGUUAUUGAAUUGAUGACAACCUUUCCGUGCUUGGAGAAGUUGUACAUUCAGUGCCAAAAAUCAUGGAAAAACAAUUUGUGGCGUCGUAAAUACCGGGAUCUCAUUACCAGCACAUGUUUUGACAUCCAUCUGAAAACAAUAGUAUUGGAUUAUUAUCGGGGCACAAAAUCUGACAUUGAUUUUGUUACUUUUUUCGUGCUCAAUGCUAGAGUGCUAGAAAGGAUGAAACUUAUAGUAAAGAGGAACGAUGAUAAGUUCGUGGCAAUACACCAUCAUAGGCUUCAACUAAUGAACAGGGCUUCACACGGUGCUCAUAUUAACUUUCGACUCAAGGAUUCGGAUGUGUGUAUCAGUAACAUGUACAAUUUUUGUAUACAGGAAAAUAUUUUAAAUUUGUAGCUGUUUACAUGCAAUUGUAAAACACUUGUUCUACUAGAAAUACAGCCAGCGACAUUAAAGUUACUAA